UAUUUCUCAUUGCUACAGGACAUCUUAUGAUUCCCAGAUAAUGCUGAUGGAGAAUUGUACAGAAGUGACAAAGUUCAUUCUUCUAGGACUAACCAAUGUCCCAGAACUACAGAUCCCCCUCUUUAUCUUGUUCACCUUCAUCUACCUCCUCACCCUGUGUGGGAACCUAGGGAUGAUGUUGCUGAUCCUGAUGGACUCUUGUCUCCACACCCCCAUGUACUUUUUCCUCAGUAACCUGUCUCUGGUGGACUUUGGAUACUCCUCAGCUGUCACUCCCAAGGUCAUGGCUGGGUUCCUUAGAGGAGACAAGGUCAUCUCCUACAAUGCAUGUGCUGUUCAGAUGUUCUUCUUUGUAGCCUUGGCCACGGUGGAAAAUUACUUGUUGGCCUCAAUGGCCUAUGACCGUUAUGCAGCAGUGUGCAAACCCCUGCACUACACCACCACUGUGACGGCCAGUGUAGGUGCUCAUCUGGCCCUAGGCUCAUACGUCUGUGGCUUCCUAAAUGCCUCAUUCCACACUGGGGGCAUAUUCAGUCUCUCUUUCUGUAAAUCCAAUCUGGUACAUCACUUUUUCUGUGAUGUUCCAGCAGUCAUGGCUCUGGCUUGCUCUGAUAAACACACUAGUGAGGUGAUUCUGGUUUUUAUGUCAAGCUUUAAUAUCUUUUUUGCUCUUUUAGUUAUCUUUAUCUCCUAUUUGUUCAUAUUCAUCACCAUCUUGAAGAUGCAUUCAGCUAAGGGACACCAAAAAGCAUUGUCCACCUGUGCCUCUCACUUCACUGCAGUCUCCAUCUUCUAUGGGACAGUCAUCUUCAUCUACUUGCAGCCCAGCUCCAGCCACUCCAUGGACACAGACAAAAUGGCAUCCGUAUUCUAUGCUAUGAUCAUCCCCAUGCUGAACCCUGUGGUCUACAGCCUGAGGAACAGAGAAGUCAAGAGUGCAUUCAAGAAAGUGUUGAGAAGGCAAAAAUUUCUAUAAGAUUGGAAUUUUAACAUUGUUGUAUACACAAAAAUGUUUCACUCAUCUCGGACUUUCC